AUGCUGCAGCAGCUCCACCGUUCACGCUUCUCCAGGACUAGCCUUCAGAGCUUCAGCAUGUUCUGCCAAAUAUCGACCAUGAGUGUAGAUCUUGGUCACUUGAUGCACGGUGGUGAAAAGGAGUUCACGGUGUUAAGUGCUAUCACCAUGCUGAGUCGGACGAUCCUGAAGAAUGAAGACUUUCACGAAAACCAGAACACAUCAGGAAACAACAACUCGCUGAGGAGCAGAGCUGUGCAGAACAGAGAGCACGAGAGGCCAAACCAGGAGGAAAAACAGGUCACCAUUGAGCAGGAUUCUCCAGGAAACAAAGAAGAUGAAAAGGAUGACCAAGAGACUCAUCAAAAGGCUAUGCAGGAGAAAGGAGUUCAAAGUGACGACCACCCUGGACCCAAUAGCUCUGAACCUGACCAGACCAACAAGAAUGACGCCUAUGCAGACAGGCGGGGAGUUGUGCUAAAGUAUCUGGAAAGGAAGCAUGGUAGAGUUCGGGAUUUUUAUCAAAAACACAAAACCACCCUUCAGUACAUCUUCUGGGGCAUCUUAUUAGCAGGUUGGCUGGCUAUGGUGAUUUCCGCGUGUGUGCUCAACUUUCACCGAGCCCUUCUUCUCUUCGUGAUCACCGUGGCUGCCAUCUUCUUUGUGGUCUGGGAUCACUUUAUUCCCAAAUAUGAGCAUCAAAUUGAAGGGCUCCUGUCUCCUGGCAGAGAGUUUCUGGAGAGCCAUUGGUUCUGGCUGAAGUGGGUGAUUUGGAGCUCUCUGAUCCUGGGAGUUGUUUUCUGGCUGAUCUUUGACACCGCCAAACUGGGCCAACGGCAGUUGGUGUCCUUUGGUGGGCUCAUAGUGUACAUUAUCCUGCUAUUUCUAUUUUCCAAGCACCCAAGCAAAGUUCGCUGGAGGCCUGUCUUUUGGGGAAUUGGGUUAGAGUUUCUUCUUGGGCUCAUAAUACUAAGGACGGGCCCUGGAUGUUGGGCUUUUCAGUGGUUGGGCAACAAAAUUGAGACCUUCCUGGAGUACACAGAUGCUGGUGCUUCCUUUGUCUUUGGUGAGAACUACACAGACCACUUCUUUGCAUUUAAGGUCCUGCCAAUGGUGGUUUUUUUUGGUGCCGUCAUGUCCGUGCUCUACUAUCUUGGACUGAUGCAGUGGAUCAUUAGAAAGGUUGGAUGGCUCAUGCUGGUUACUGUGGGAUCAUCUCCUAUUGAAUCUGUAGUUGCUGCUUGCAAUGUAUUCUUUGGAUACACGGAGUCUCCACUGCAGAUCCGGCCAUAUUUACCACACCUCACCAGGUCCGAGUUCCACGCAAUCAUGACCACUGGGUUUGCUACCAUCGCAGCAAAUGUCUUUGGCACAUAUGUUUCUCUUGGGAUUUCACCCGCCCACUUAUUAACUGCUUCAGUUAUGUCAGUGCCCGCGUCAUUGGCUGUGGCUAAACUCUUUUGGCCUGAGACAGAAACACCUAAAAUAAGCCUCAAAAAUGCCAUGAAAAUGGGAAUGAGUGAUUCAAGGAAUAUCCUAGAAGCAGCAUCACAGGGAGCAUCCGCAUCCAUCUCCCUGGUGGCAAACAUCACUGUGAUUCUGAUUGCUUUCCUGGCCCUGUCGUCUUUUGCGAAUGCAGCCCUGUCCUGGUUUGGAAGCAUGUUUGACUACCCACAGCUGAGUUUCGAGAUGAUAUGCUCCUACAUCUUCAUGCCCUUUUCCUUCAUGAUGGGAGUGGACUGGCAAGACAGCUUUAUGGUUGGCAAACUCAUAGGUUAUAAGACCUUCUAUAAUGAGCUUGUGGCUUAUGGGCGCCUCUCAAAAUUGGUGAAUUUACGGAAAGAGGCUGGACCCAAAUUUGUGAAUGGUGUGCAGCAAUAUAUGUCGAUUCGUUCUGAGACAAUUGCCACUUAUGCUCUCUAUGGCUUUGGCAAUAUCUCUUCCCUAGGAAUAGCGAUCGGCACAUUCACAUCCAUUGCUCCUUCCAGGAAGCGUGACAUCGCCGCAGUGGCAGUGAGAGCUCUGAUUGCAGGAAUCAUCUCCUCCUUCAUGACCGCCUGCAUUGCAGGCAUCCUCUCCAGCACUCCUGUAGACAUCAACUGCCAUCACAUUUUAGAGAACGCCUUCGCCUCCGGCUUACCUCAAAACACAACCGAUGUGGUGUCCUGUUGCCAGAACCUAUUGAGCAGCACUGUUGUCACAGGUCCCGGGGAGGUCAUCCCAGGAGGAAACCACAGCCUGAAUUCUUUGCAGAACUGCUGUGAAUUGUUGAAGCCAUCGACACUGAACUGCACUUGGAUCCCUGAUGCAUUUUGA